AUGGCCACUUCGCAUGGUUUAGACAAGAUAUUCGGCUAUAUGCCUUUUGAUCAUUUCCUUGUAGAAAGAUGGGACCCAGAAUCGUCUCUCCACCAAGACGAGCAAGAACGGGAUCUCGUGAAAUCAUGGAUUAGCCUCGGCAGAUGUGGCCGCUCUGUCUACUUCCAGCGGUGCAUGGAAGUUCUCGACAUUCCCAUACCUGAUCACAUUCCGCCAACCCUGUCGGCUUUUGAGAAGCGCAAGACAGCGGAUCCAGAACAGUGGAGUGCUGCUGGUGCUAUCUGGAUUCGGACAUGGUAUGGCAAUGAGGCAUCUCUUGGAGAUACUUUGGCUGAAGAGACGGUUUCGCGUACAAGUGCCGACGAGGCGUAUCUCCAGCUGUGGCAAAAAGCUUUAUGGCCUCCAGAUCAACACGGGUUUGACAACAGUAUGUUUGGCCCAUUCGUAUUUGAAGAAAAUGACGCUGCCUAUGGAGUGCUGGCACGAGACGCAGAUGAUGAGGUGGAGCUAAUGGAUGUUAUACCGUCUUUUAUCUUAAGCGCUCUCGUGCGGUGCCCCGACGCUAUGGAGGGAAGUGGACACUCUAAGACAAUAGAGGAUGACGAUGAUCUGGCAUCGCGUCAAGCGUUGCUUGUAGUGGUUGCAGACCGCGAGGCAUGUGAGGAUGGAUGGGCAUUGCUAAUUGCUAUCAACCAUAAGGGCCAGGUGUUGCACAGACGUGUCAGGUGCAAGGCUUCCUGGGUGGGAGAGCAUGUAACCUCUUGGAAGGAUGGGGGUGAGCCACUGGAUGUCGCAAGUGAGAAAGAGAACAUAAUAAACUAUCUAGAUGGUAAUCGAUCAGGCAAUGGGUGGGACAAAGACGAAGCAUUGUAA